AAAAAAUCUCGAUUUUUUAUAGGUCAACAAAAAUUGUAAAUGCAAAAUUUAAGAAAGUUAACUGCAAUUAUAUCAAUACACUGAAAUGGUACAUUAAAGACAUCUGAAGGGAUCGUAUUUGUUAGUUUUUUUAUUUUAUUUGCAAAAAGAGAGAUAUUUACUUUCAAAUUUCACCUUUCAAGUCUGAUCAAUUACAGAGAAAAUUAAACAUUUAGGAAUUAAAUAUGUGUGAUAAAAGGGAAAAAUCUGUAAUAAUGAAUAAUAUACAUGAUAUAUGUUGUAACUGUUAAAAAUUGAUAACAUUUUAUCACCAUCAUGAUUUAUGUAAUAGUUAUCACAUAUUAACAUUGUGAACAGAUAUCAUCAUGAAAACAUUUUUAGAACUUUAAUCUAUUUGCUAGCUCGUGCAUUUGAACAGCAAACUUGUGCCAAUAUUCACCAAUAUAAGUUCAAUACUUUUAACCCUUUAAUAAUCAUAUAAAUUAAUGAGGUCGCCAAGGCUAGGAGAUAAAAAUCACACAACUUGUUGGAUAAAAAUCAUAUCCAACCAACUGCAAACCACAUGUAAGAUCAUAUAUAUGUUAUAUACACAUUUAAUAUAUUUGUCAGAGAUAAAAAGAAAUUCAUGAAUGAAGAGGUGAGAGAAAUGGAAAGGACAAGUAAGGAAGAGGGGGAUUUCAGGCCCAGAAAAGUUGAGAUCUCGAGGUCAGAGGUCAGGCCUGGUGAAGUUGAGGGGUCAGAGGUCGGGCCUGGUGAGGGGUCAGAGGCCCUGCCAAUAAAACCCAGCAGUGCCAUCAGUACCAGUAUAGCCUCUAGUUACUUCAACAACAAAAUCCCAAUACCAGAGGAUGAAGACCAUCCAGUGUUCAGCUUUAGAAAACUCUGGGCUUUCACUGGUCCAGGGUUCCUUAUGAGUAUUGCCUAUCUGGAUCCGGGAAAUAUCGAGUCGGAUCUCCGGUCCGGAUCUGUUGCUCAGUUCAAGUUGCUAUGGAUACUAAUGUCGGCCACGUUUCUGGGUCUUCUGAUGCAGAGGCUGUCGGCGCGCCUGGGGGUGGUGACAGGAAUGCACCUGGCUGAGGUCUGCUACAGAAGCUAUCCCAGGGUUCCACGCUUUGUGCUGUGGUUCAUGGUGGAAAUAGCUAUCAUUGGAUCAGAUAUGCAGGAAGUGAUUGGGACGGCUAUAGCAUUUUACCUGUUAUCCGAUGGAAAGAUACCUUUAUAUGCGGGCGUACUGAUUACUAUCGCGGACACCUUCACCUUCCUCCUCCUGGACAAGUACGGUCUACGUAAAAUGGAGGCGUUCUUUGCAUUCCUUAUUUUCAUUAUGGCUGUCACUUUUGGAUAUGAGGUCAGAGUUGUAUAAAUGUGAAUACUCUAGUGUACUUUUUUCCACGGUGUCACAAUUCCAUGGAAUCUCAAUUUCUGUUUAACCCACUGGUAGAAAAUUACGCGGAUUUCUUAGACUGUCCCAAUGUACUUUGCAUGUAUUUUAAGUACCCUUAGACAAAUUAUGCGGAAAAUUUGUGACCACGUACAUAGCGUA